CACCAGAGCGCCACAGUGUACAACAUAGUUGUUGUUGUAGUAGUUAGCUAGUGAAUAAUGGCGACUGCAGGAGGGGGAUUAUCAUCACAGGCUAAUGUCGCAGGCUCGAACAGCUCUGCCCCGGCCCGGGCUCGAUUCCCGGGCCGGCCAUGGACAUCUCGCAGCCGGCUACGCACAGAGAAGCGUCCUCAGCGCGGAAGGUUGGGCUCGGAAGAUGGAGAUACAGUCACCGGAGGCCCUAGGCCCAUAGACAUCGGACAAGCGUUGAACGAGGACCCGUCUUUGCUGCGAUUACUCGGUGUUACUGAGAAACAUAGGCGCCAAAGAGAUGCGGGUUUCUACUCAAGCGCGAGUGAAGAGGAAGAAGACUUCACUGGGUUUGGUACAGAGUUUCUCCCGUUACUCUCCGUACACUACUCCUCUGGAACCUCUCCUCUCCCAUCGUCUUUAUUGAACCAAGAGAAGCCCCCCCCAGCCCCAGACCUAGCCCUGAAACAGAAGCCCGGGACUGAACUAAAACUUGAAGGAAACGGUGGGAAGGUCGCUAAACGAGGCCAAGGAGCCAGGCAGAAGGAGGGGAGGUACACGGAGGGAGCCUGGACAACCGUUAAACUGGGAGCCCAAAAGAUGGCAUCUGGUUCGGGCGUGAAGUCCGCAGGGAGGCAGGCUACUGCUACGACGAGGAGGGCCAGGGGAAGUGCAAAAGCAGAUCACGCUUCAUCCUCAGGCAGGAAGAGGAGCCGAGACAAACCAGCCAAGGAACCCAGAGGUUCCAGCUCAACCAGCAGCACCAAACAGGGCAAGUUGGUGUGUACCCUGACGGUGGUGAAGAGCAGGAGGAAGGCCUGCAGGGGAAAGGAGGCCGGCAACGACUCCAAACAGGAAACAAAGCCCCAGGUUUCCACCAAUAGGAGAAGAGGCCACGCUGUCCUCGACUCUUCUCAAAAGGCAGCGCAGUCCCCUAAACCUGUCAAAGGGAAGCAGAGACGAAGGAGCAGGGGAGCCUCGUCAGUCGCAGGGGCCGAGGCAGGGUCCGAGGCAGGGGCCGAGGCAGGGGCCGUGGCAGGAGCCGGCGCCGGCGACGAGCCUUCAGGACUUCCCAGAGGACCUGCGCAACCACGACGCCGUCGAAGAAACGUGCCAUACUUUGGCAAAAGACGCAAGUCCCUCAUUGGAAAGAAGAGGAAGCCCGGGUCCGUGACCACGUCUCCGACCGACCCCGUCAAAAGACGCGCCAGGCGGAGGUCCGUCUUCUACACCCUCGAGCCGACGGUUCCCUUGAAGCAAGAGGACCAGGGACAGGCCGUGGAGAGAGAGGGCGGCGUCCAGCCCGUCAUCGCUCACCUGGCCUCCCCCGUGGUGAGCGCUCGGUCCUCCCGAGUCAUAAAGUUACCCAGGAGGUUCCUCGACGAGGAGGAGCUUCCCAGGGCGAGGGGAAAAGGGAAAAGCCAAGGGAAGCAAGAGUCCGACAUCGACGAGGAUAUGUGUUGGAGCCCAGAACUGAAGUCCGAAGGUGAACAACGAACUCCCAAGACGUCCUCAAAAAUGAACCCCGGUUCCUCUCACCUCUCGGUCUACGAGAAACUCAAAAAUCUGACCUCGAAGCUCUCCCGGAAGAACCGAGAUCCGGGCGGGACACCUGAGGACGGCGCGGACUCCAAUCAGACCACGGUGAAGAGGAGGAGGAGGAGGAGGUCCAAGUUGACGAUGGAGGAGCUGGGCUCUCCUGGGGUGGUGAGGAAGCUGGCGGUGCUCAUCAGCGGAGCUAGCGCCGCAGGGACCGUCUCAGCCAAAGCUUGGGAAGAGGGCGAGUACAACGCGGAAAGCGUCAAACGAGAAGAUGGCGGCGUGACGGUGGACCAGGGAGACCUCAGCCAGCGGGUUCACCUCUCCAACAAGAGGAUGCUGCACCUGGUGAAGAGAGCCAAGGUCCAGCUCAUCAAGAUCGACCAGCAGAAGCUGCUCAAGUCCUCCCAGGUGGUGUGCAAUGAUCUGGCCGGAGGCAGACGAAGGAGGAGGAGGAGGAGGGUGAAGGGAGCAAACCACGACGGCACAACUCAGGAGCAGCCCGUCGGCGGACCGCGGAUCAAGCACGUGUGCCGGGCGGCAGCGGUGGCGUUGGGCCAGCCCCGCGCCAUGGUGCCCGACGACAUCCCACGCCUCAGCGCCCUGCCUCUCCACGAGAGGGAGGGCAUCUGCCCCUCGCCUGCGGCGGAGGACGUGGCCUACCUCUCCGACCAGGACAGCGUCGCCUCUCAGGAACACAAGUCACUGUGGGUUCGCAAGUUCAAGAAGCGUCUGAGUGCGGAGCGAGAGUUUGGCCCUGGCGGGCGCUCCACGCGCUGUGGCAGGUGCAAGGGCUGCCACUUCAAGAAGGACUGCGGUACCUGCAUCAACUGCCUGGACAAACCCAAGUUUGGAGGACCCAACACCAAACGGCAGUGCUGUGUGUACAGGAAAUGCGAGCGGAUUAAGAACAGAGCCUUCAAACGUACCGUCACGCCGUACAGAGGUAAGUGA